CCGGGACCGAGAUGGAGGCGCGCGCUCACUGGUGCAGUGAUAAUGCGUGGACAGUGCUGGUCUUGAUCACCUCCCAUCUUUUCACAGGUGAAUAGCUCCCCCUCACAUCACCACACACACACACACACCCACCCGUCCAUGUUACACUCAUGUUAAACUGGCACAGCACAAGAUCAGUGUGGUAGAGGUGGUCUCUCUAUCCGUCUCUCUCUGCCUCUGUCCCUCUAUCACCUGCGAGGGUCUCUGUCAGUGGGACGUGAAGGACCUGUUCACACGGGGGGGGUCACAGACCGCGUGGAGCAGUGUGUUGUGUGACCAGAACACGGGUGAAACCUGUCCCACUGGAGCAUGUUAUGUGUAGGAACACGGACAGCUGAGCUGAGCGACGACCACCUCGGUCUCGUCCCUGGACCUUCGGAGAGGAACGCGCAGUGACCGCAGUGACGUGUCCACGUGACGACAGGAUGUCCACACAGCGCUGUGCAGGACGCCGCCUGGACUCCACUUCCUCUCUGAGUGAUGCGCACAAUGAGGCGCUUCAGGACGGGUCUCGACUGCAGAGGAACCGAAACCCAGAAGCGCUUCCUUUCGCCGCUCUCUUUGCAAAUAUUUUCACUCCUACAGUAGGGUUGGGGGGGCAAAGGGGGGGCCAAGAACAGGAGUGUGAAUGAAUGGGGGGGUGAAGAACAGGGGGACAAACAUCAUGGACAGUAUUCAUGGGAGGGGUUUGGGGGGGGAACAGGUCGCUCAGGUGGUGACUGUAGGUUCAGCAGGGUUCAGAUCACCUGAACAUUGUGUGCAGGGUGGGGAUUCCCUCCUGUGUGACACCGGCUAUUUAUAGCGACACAUGGCAAAAAGCAGUGAACAGUGCAGGUUACUGAGCAGUGAAAUGUUACACUGUUUCAGCACAGUUUCACACUGUUUCCAGCACCAUGUUGCACUGUUUCAGUGCAGCUGUAAGACAGCAUGACAUGAGACAGGGGGACAGCAGCACAAGGACACAUUGAGACAGGGAGACAGGGAGAUGGCAUGUGGGUUGGAUCCAGUCACUGCAUGCUGGUCUGCUCUAAUUGUAGCUUCUAGUUGGGUCACGUCUAGUUUGCUGCUUUAUGGUCACGGUUCUUUACAGCGGAGAAAGCAGCCCGGGGGGUCUAACGGCUCUGUGGUCCUUGUCUCCAGCCCAGUCCCGCCCCCCCCUCUUGGCCCUCGCCGGCACAGACUUUCUGCUGCCCUGCUCCUGUCCAGAGGAAGAGAAGUCCAUUCUGAUCUGGCAGAAGAACCUCAGCGUCGUGGCCCAGUAUGACCCAGAAGAUGACGAGCAGGUUGUGGACGGAAGCUUCCGGAACAGGACGCGGCUGUACUACCCGGCGGAGAAGGACAACUGCUCCCUGCUGCUGCGCCGAGCGUCCGUGAAGGACGAGGGCAACUACAGCUGCUACUACAAGAGCGAGCGGAUGAAGAGGAUCGACGUGGAGCUGCUGGUGGCCGCCCAAUACACCCCCCAGGUGGAGUCCGUUCCGCCAGAGAGCGAAGGGAGCACCGGGCCAGGAGUGUACCGCUGCCAGGCCGCCGGGGGGUACCCGGUAGGGCGGCUGCGCUGGCUGCUGGACGACCGGCCGGUCAACUCGACGUUCACGACCCGCCGGAGUGUCCGGGACCAUCUGUACAACCUGACGAGCACCGUGUCGGUCGGCGUCCCCGAGGGCGCGGUCCUGCGCUGCGUCGUGGAGAACCCGCGGUUGGAGGGCAGUGUCAGUGCAGAGCUGACCGUGCGUUCCAGCGUCACCACCGAUGUCACUGCGGUCCCCACUGCCAGUGAGCGAGGGGGGAACUGGCCUGCGGCCGAGCCCUGGGUGGCACUGCUGGGGGUCACUCUGGUCCUCUCCACGUUACUGGCAGCUUUGUUGACCGUCUGCUUUCGGAGGCGAUGUCUGCGUUGCAGGGUGAGGCUCCGCCGUCCAGCCACUGACGGAGGGGGCGGUAAUUGCGGUCCAGUCCAGUUCGACUGGCACCAGGUGUCAGGGCCCAGUCUGCGCGCACGAAGUGCACGCGGAGCUGCGUGUGGACGUCCGCUGGUGCGAGACCCCGACCCGACGCCAUUAUUUCCCUCCCUGCUCUUUUUUGUUUUCCUCUCCUCGGCUGCCCCCCUCCCCCCCAUAAACUUCCUGCCAGUGGUUCAGCCCUGGCGCCACCUUGUGAAGAAGAGCGCUGUGCCGACAUCCACUGCACCCACUGCAUUAUGUGUCCUGCUGCAGGCUCCGCCCAUUCAGCGCGUCGGUGUCCUGCUGGACUGCUCAGACCCCGUCCGUCACGCCUGAGUCCAGCUUCUGCUUGUGACGCACCCGCACGUUCGCGGUCGCCAUCGGAGGACGUUCGACGGGAAGACGGGGUC